AUGGGAAGUUAUGAGUGCGGUACGCUCGACGCUGGGGGAGGUCCGAUCGUCUGGGUUCGUCGGAGGAACGGCUCCUGGUGGCCGGGCAAGAUACUUUGUCCUGACGAGCUUGCAGAGCGUAACCUCACCUCUCCUCGGACCGGCACCCCUGUCAAGCUCCUCGGAAGAGACGACGCUAGCGUGGAUUGGUAUAACCUAGAAAAGUCUAAGCGUGUCAAGGCAUUCAGAUGUGGGGACUUUGAUGAAUGCAUUGAAAAGGCUGAAUCUGCCCACGGGGUGCCGAUUAAGAAAAGGGAGAAGUAUGCUCGUCGCGAAGAUGCUAUUCUUCAUGCACUUGAGCUUGAGAAGCAGCUCCUGAAGAGACGAGAAAAAUUAGGCAUUUCUUUUGAUCAUUCUAGAAGGAGAUCAUCUGUAUCUAUAAAGACGGAGCUUGGCGUUCUUUAUGAUGAUAUGGGGAAGGAUUGUGGAAACCCUGAUCUAUACCAGUUUCGUAAUAGAGUAGAUGCUGAUAACAAAGAUGAGGCAGUUAGCAGUCCCAUGCAUUUUUUGCAAAUGAGUGAAGGAAACAAAACAUCCUUGGCAGAUGAUCAUUCUGAUGAAAUGCCGCGGAUGAGAGACUUGCGUGAUGUUGGGCUUAGAACUGUCCAUUUGAAGCGGAAGCUGUCUUCUUUUGACAUUGAUCAUAGGAGUCCAGAAAACCAAGUCCCUGCAAACAGUGCCCUCGUCACGGAUAAUGGAGUUGAGCAGACAGGAACCCUUUCUUAUGCAAAGAGAAGUAAACUCGUUUACCUCCCAGAUGAAUAUGGAGAGUUGAUGGAUGAUAAAGGCCUUCCUUCAGAUCAGGUUAAGAUGUGCCCCAUUAAUGUCUCCCCUUCACGGUUUGAUGAGAAUGACGGCCAUCCUCAACAAGGUUCGCUGAAUGAGGGAAACUCUUCAUCUGACUUUAUGGAGGAUGUUGGGCAUAAUUCUUCUGAAUCUGAUUCUUCCGAGUCCGGUUUUUCUGCUACCGAACCGGAAAUGAAUGAUGAAGUGGCCGUCUUUUCAGAUGGUACCAUAGAAACUCAACUUGAUGGCUUGGCUGGACACGGAGAGGAUGGAACUACAAGCAGUGAGGAGACAGAUGACUCUGCAUUUUCAGGUGGCUUGCCUCCUCACUAUCUUGAGGAUCAUCCUUACCUUGCUAGUAAUGAAACAGUGUCCAAAUGGCAGUUGAAAGGGAAAAGGAACACACGUCAUCUUACAAGAAAUUCUCUGGACAGAGGUAAUGGAAAGUUCUCUCACCCUUACAGAACAGAAGGAAGCACCUUGGGUUCAUAUGGUGUUCAUGAUGAGGACGACGACGAUGAUGAUGAAUAUGGGACAAGAUAUUUCGGGUCCCGCAAGGGUCGGCUGAGUGAUGAUGGUUUUCCUUAUGGUUUACAGUAUGUGCAGAGAAGUCAUCGUCCAAAUACUAUUGGUCAAAAAUUGAUGAGUUGGGAAGACAUCACCUGGGAGGAGAGUCCUGCUUUCAGGAGCUUUUGGAAGGCCGGCAGGGGAGAUCAUUUUAGUCCUUUUGGUGGUAGAGGGAGGUCUAUGUUAAUAGAUGUGGAUUUGAAGGUGAAAGCAAGCUAUCAGAAAGAAGCAGCUGUUCCUAUUGUGUCUCUCAGGAGUAAAGUAGACGGAAGGGCAAUAAUAGGGCACCCAAUUCAAGUCGAGCCCCUGGAGCAUGGCUCAACUGAUGCUCUUCUGGUUUCCACAAGUGAUCACUGUAGCAGUGAGACAACAGUUGAACACCAUGAUAGGAAGGGGGUUGCAGCUUCAGUACUUCAACAACCAUCAUGGAGAACUGCCAGGAGGACCAACAAUUUCAGGGUUCCACGGCCUGUCAUUGGUCAGGUUCCCCGGGUCAGUGGUUCGGGUCGUAGAGGGUUGUCUGGAGGUGGUGGAGUCCGGAAGGGCAGCAGUGGUCAGGUUCCUCGGCCGAUGAGGAAAGUGGGGAAGAAGAAAGCCGGUGGUAUUUUGUCAUCCAGUCAGAAGACAAGGAUGCUCUCUUCCAUAGGGUUCCAACAGCGGAAGGGCGGUAGUAGUUGCAGCAGUGGGGGCGGCAGCAGCAACAGCAGUGAAAUGGGAGGAGGGGUUAUAAAAGGGGAGAGUUCUGGGCUCACCACGGUGGCUUGCAUACCUGUGAAGUUAGUGUUCAGUAGGUUGCUGGAGAAGAUAAACAGACCACCUUCAUUUGGAGUCAAGUAG